UUGUUUUUAGUUGGCGAUCUAAUCGUGGGACAUGAAUAUCAGUUUCGAGUCCUGGCUCACAAUGUUGUUGGUUGCUCAGAAGCAUCCGAACCGUCUCCGCCAGUUACCAUACAUGCAAGUGCAACUGGUGAUGCGAAAUACGUUGAAGCUGAAAGAUUUGGAGCGAUAAGGUUGCUGCAGGAAGAGAUGAUUCGAGAAUCUCCACCUCUUCCUGAGAGGGAUGAUUCGCCUCCACCUCUGCAUCGAGGGAAAGGUUCUGACAAGUUGCAAUGGCGUGAUCCAUCGCUGAAAGAAGUAAUCGACUACCUCGAUAAUCCUGACAGAGAAAAACAGUUGAACGCCAGCGGGUAUUUGCAACAUCUGACGUACAGUGAUAAUCUGAUCAAGGAUGAAACGAGAGAGUACGGUGGAAUUCCCAAGUUAAUACAGCUGCUAAGGAGUGAACUUCCGGUGAUACAAAAGAACGCUUGUGCAUGUUUGAAGAAUUUGUGCUACGGGAAAGAGAACGAUAGGAAUAAGGUAUGUUCCUUUGGUUUUAUCUUGUUUCUCUUGUUUUCCUGA